AUGGGCUCCACUACCCCUAGAAUCUACAAGCAGGCUGUCUUCAAGGAACAAGGCGCCAGUCUGACGCUAGAAAAGGUUCCACUGACUUUACCCAAACGUGACGAGACUUUGGUCCAAGUCGAAACAUGCGGCGUGUGUCAUUCGGACCACUUUGCGCAGACGAACCUCAUAGGAGGAGGAUUUCCACUCGUUCCCGGUCAUGAGAUCAUCGGAUGCGUGGCAGCCGUUGGAGUGGGCGAGAUCCUUUGGAAGGAAGGAGAUCGGAUUGGAGGUGCAUGGCAUGGUGGGCACGAUGAACAUCUACUGAUGCAAUUGAGAAGCACCUGUGGGGCAUGCAAAAAAGGCUUCUUCCAGAUGUGCGAUAAUGAGGAAGUCAACGGCAUUUCCCGAAAUGGCGGAUGCACAUCUUUCCCUUUUAUUCAUUUAUCUCUUUUUUCGCUUUAUCACCCUUUCCUCAAUACACCCAAAGGAAUAGAAUCUCAAGGCUAA